AUGCCCAUACUCUCAGCUGAAGAAAUCAUCAAGUACGGACGCCGCCUCGCGGAGGACUUGUCCGAUCUCGGCGACGCCGCUGGGCACAAUGCUUUCCUCGGAGAGCGCGUUGCGCACCCCGUUUCCGAGGACCUGUACGAGAAGCUGAUGGCAGAGUUGUUGGACUGCCACGACAAGAUCAAGGAGCAUAUCGAGGAAUUCAAGACUGCCUAUUACGAACGAACCAAAGGCAGCAACAACAACGAUGUCGGCGAUGAAUCUCCUCAAUCCUCGGAGCCGACCUCUCCCAUCUACACACCACCUUCUUCUCCUGAGUUGCCGGCCUCUCCCAUCUACACGCCGCCCUCUCCUCAGCUGCCGGCCUCUCCAAUCUACGUGCCGACCUCUCCCAACUACACGCCUCCCGAACAAGACGAGCUCCCCGUUAUCUCGCUGGACGAGAAGGAGAAGGAGAAGGAGAAGGAUGAGGAGGAGGUCCAGUACUUGGGAAGCCGCAAGCGCCGCCGCCUGGCCUAA